UUACAAAAUUUGCCGCUAAGAAAAGUGAGUGUACUCCAACCACAUAUAUCUCAAAUGGAUUUCACCCCCUCUAUCAUUAACACCAAAUUUUGCACAAAAAACAGUGUUUACUACAAAUUAUUUAGCUAUGAAGUUGAGAAGAAGACUAGUUUUUCGCGAACCCAGGUUUCUUUCUUGAAGUUUUUUCCGUCAAAAAAUGAAGACUUUGAGAGCCUUAAGCAGGAGCUAAUUGAGAGUAUAUCACCACUUGAUCGUGGCGCCGACGCUACUCCUGAGCAACGAGAGCGUGUUGAUCAGAUUGCACGAAGACUUGAAGCCGUGAAUAAAGUCAAGGAGCCACUUAAAUCGGACUUGCUAAAUGGAAAAUGGGAGCUUCUAUACACAACCUCUCAGUCAAUCUUGCAAACAAAGAGACCCAAAAUCUUACGAGCAAAUGGAAAGAUUUACCAGGCAAUCAAUUUGGAUACUCUCAGAGCACAGAAUAUGGAAACCUGGCCAUUCUUUAACCAGGCUACUGCAAAUCUUGUUCCUCUUAAUGCAAAAAGGGUUGCAGUGAAAUUUGAUGCUUUUAAAGUGUUUGGCUUGAUACCUAUAAAAGCUCGUGGAAGUGGGCGUGGUCAACUGGAAAUAACAUACUUGGAUGAAGAGUUAAGCAAUGCAGGACAACAACGUACCAGCAAACUAACCAUCUUUCUUAAGAAAGUUCUAAACCGCCAAUAUUUUGCAACAAUGAAUGAUAUGAUAUCAAGAGGCAACGAAGGAAAUCUGUUCAUAUUGAGAAUGGUGGAUCCAACCUAUAGGGUCCCUGUUUAAUUUCACUGCCUACAUUUGGCUUUCAAGGAAGACGUUUAUUGCAUAAUUGGCCAAAGCCAAGAUUUAGUAUAGUUUAUCCAUCUCUUAAAUCUGUUUAUGUAAUUUGCGUGGAAGCAUAGGAAUGAAGCAACCUUCAACUCCAUCAAGCCAUGUACGGAGUCACUUCCUGAUGACAUUAAGCUACUUUCUUUCCUUCGGAUUUCAAAUAGGAAUUGUAAUAGAAAUUGUACUACUAUGAUUACUUGAUUGGAUUGGAUUUGCAAAUCUUGCUCUUCCGUAUACAUACUUUUGAACUAGCACUUUGCUAGUUUUAUAUUUUCUAUCUAA